AUGUCCGCAAAUCCUUUACCUGCUUUGCUUAUCAACUCCUCCAUGAAAGGCACAGCCUUGUCGGAGACCAAAGGAGAAUUAGAAAAAAAUGUUUUGGCUGUCUGGAUAACUUCCUCACUACUCAGCAAGAAAAUUACGAUUACUGUAAAAACU